GAUGCUUUGAUGGGAAAUGAAAAGCAUUUUUCUGUGCAGGGAUGAAGAUAAAAUAAGUGAAAGGGAUAGCAGCAAAAUGCAGAAAAUGUGCAAUUAGGUUUGCAGCAAGGAUCAGUCAGAAAGCAGAAAAGCAAAUCAAGACUAACAAGGACAAGGAGUCAGAGAACAUCAGGAAGGAUGACUUCCAAACACAACCUCCCUCCUUCACUGACGCUUUUCUUUUGUCCCUUUCUUUCUCCCUCCCAUAUCAUCUAAUCUCUCGUUUUCUCCCUCCUCCUUUUGUUUUUUUUCCCUCUUCCUCCCCCUUUCUCCACCCUCUUCCCUCUCUUUUUCGUCCCUUUUCACUCUCCCUCCUGCUCUCUCUCCCCUCCCUCCAUCUCAUCGGAAGCAAUAAUGUGAAAGAGAUCAGCAGUGGACGAAGCUUUCUGCAUGCAGAGGACAAACCACAUCUAUACCUAGCCUUCAACAGUAACCCAGGGAUAUGCUACAAAAGCAGCACAGAGGGAACAAAGGAAAACAUAAGACAGAAAUUGUUUUUCCUAAAUCAGUAGCUUUUAAUCUGUUCUGCAGAUUAGCUUUUGGACCCUAAAGUGAACCGAUGGAAGUUUAUAAGGAAGUACAGAUGUCGAUUUUGGAUCAUGGGCUAAUUCAGACAUUUCUAUAAAACACAACAACAUUACAACAUCGGUUAAGGACAUCUAAUGAUGUAUAAUAUUGCUUUACUGCCCUGUACCAGUGAAUGCCUGGCACCUGUAGUAUGGUACAAUGCAGCCAAAUUAACUGUUUGCUACGUGUGACCGAUCUCUCACUAUGAGGCUGCCCUGUGUCUUCUGGCCACAACUGUUCUGGGCCUUCAGUCUGUGUUUUUUAGAAACAGUAACAAAAUCAGAAGCAUCUCCACUUAACUGCCAGGAAACUUGUGUCUGUGCCAGUGAUGUUAUCAGUUGCUCUAAGAAGGAACUGGGAGUGGUUCCGAGUGGUUUACCAAAGUAUAUAGCAAUGUUAGACCUCAGUCACAACAACCUGAUGAGAAUACGGGCUGAAUGGACCACAUAUCCACUAAAAACACUUCACACGUUAUUACUGUCACAUAAUCAUUUAACCUUUGUAUCCCCUGAAGCUUUUCUUCAGACCCCCAACCUCCGUCAUUUGGACAUAUCCUGUAAUAAACUGCGCACACUUGAGGAGAAUGCAUUUAGUGCUCUGGAAAACCUGGAAGUACUUCUUCUCUAUAAAAAUAAAUUAGUAGAUAUUGAUCGCAGUGCAUUUGAUGAACUGAACCAUUUACAAAAGUUAUACCUGAGCCAUAAUUCAAUGCAACGCUUCCCUCUAGAACUGGUGAAAGAUGGAGAGAAAUUGCCAGAGCUUACAUUACUUGAUCUCUCCUUCAAUCACAUGAAAGUUCUCCCAGUAAAACAGCUUCGGGCGCUACCUGCUUGGCUGAGUAACAGGCUAUAUCUACAUGGAAAUCAACUGACCUGCAACUGUGAAUUAUAUGAACUUUUCUGGCACUGGCAUGUACGUCAGUUGGCAUCCACCAUAGAUUUCAGAGAAGAAUUACAGUGUUAUCCACCUGCCCAGCCACGGACUGUCUCAGUAAAUGUGUUUUCCCUCAAUGACGGUAUGAACUGCAGUGUUGUAAGAGAGACUGGAAUGGAGGCACAUCUUGAGGAGACAGUCACCUUAAACUGUGACACCAAACAAAGAGGUGUAAACCUAAUUUGGGUUACUCCUGGGAAUGAAUGGAUACAAAAACAUGUUGAUGGGACAGAGGGAAAUCGUACCAUACAUGUGCUUGGGAAUGGCAGUCUUCAAAUAAAACGGAUCCGUUUGGAAGACAAAGGGACAUAUACUUGCUAUGCUCAAGGUGAAGUUCUGAAUGAGACUCUGUAUGUCACACUCACUGUAUUCAACUUUACACAGCAUGUCCACCAGGAUACACUAAAUACAGCAUAUACCACUUUAGUGGGAUGUGUGGCUAGUGUUAUUCUAGUGCUGAUUUACUUAUACAUGACACCAUGUCGCUGCUGGUGUCGGCCAGGUGAUAGGGGACAAGGAGAGGACAGGGAUAGCAUCCGCUCCUCGAGCCUCAGUGCCACCCCCAACCAUGAGACUACUAGUGACAAGGCAGCUCUCAGUCGUCAUGUGGCUUUUCUGGAUCCCCCUGGAGAUCUGCAAGGUCAGAAUGGUAAACUAAAACCAAAUGGUUCACAAGAAGCUCCUGGAAUAAAAGGCCACCAGCUACAGCAAUCAUCACCACACCGGAAGCUGUCAGAUCCAGGAUCUAUCAGUUCAGUAUUCUCUGACACUCCAAUUGUGGUGUGACAAAGGUGUUUCAAAAGUAAGCUUGCAAACCGUUCAUUUCAAACAACCUUACCAUCCCUUACUAAAAGUCUCCUGUCCUGCAUGUGCAUGUCAGGUUGUUGUUCAAAUCCAAUUAGAGGGAGCAGAAUUAAGAAGUUGGAUGUUAAACUUAUGAGAAUAAUCAUACAUCAGUGUGAGGAAAAUAAAUAUAUAUGCAUAGAAAAUUAAUAUUAAAAGAGUAGAGAGGGUUUUGAAAUCAUCACAGAAUCAUCUGCUUUUGGUAAGCACGUUUUAGUUUACAAAUGCAAAGAUGCAACCAUGAUUUUCCUGGAGAUGCAGCCAUUGUAAUAGCAACCUAAAAUUUAAAUUGGAUUUACAGUGCCUUGAAAAAGUAUUCAUACCCCUUGAAAUUUUCCACAUUUUAUUAUGU